CGCUCGCUCUCCCCGGGGCCGCUCGCGUGGAUUGAUAGCUAUUGGAUUUUGACGUUCAGACUGACCCCCAGCGGCGGUGAGGUCAGCGUGAUGUCAUCCUGAAGGUGAGUGAUGUCAUCCCGAAGAUCUCCCGGGCAAGGUGAGCUUGCAUUUUGGUGAGUGUGUGGUGCUCCCCGUCCAGAGAGGUGAAACAUGGUAAUCAUCAUCGCCGCCACCGCCACCAGCUCAAGCUCUGCCGCCCUGCUCUUCUCAUCUACCGAGGGGCUUAUUGCGUUACACGCUCGCAGCCCCGACCUGCCUUCCAAAAAUAAGCCCCUGCCACCAUGCCGAAAGAAGAAAAACAAGAGUGGUAUUUUUAGGGGCAUUCAUUUUGACCACGUGCCCCGAGGGUAAACCGGAUGGCCACUGCGCAAAGGUUCCUGAUCAGUAUGUGCGAGAGCAGCGGGCGCUGGACGUGGACUGCGGUUGUUCUGCUGGGCAUUCUGCUUGGGAUCGUGUCCUCCUACCCCACCUCGAACAGGACUAAUGCAACUUCACUGGAGAAAAGGUGGGAGACGCUCUUCUCCCGCUCCGUUUUGGGGAUCUCGGUGGAGAAAUCGGACCUGAACUGGGAGCGUGACUAUUUGCAGGGCAUUAAGAGAGUGCGGAGGCUGUACUGCAACGUGGGCAUUGGGUUUCACCUGCAGGUCCUGCCAGACGGAUGGAUAAACGGUGUCCAUAAUGAGAACCAGUACAGUCUUCUAGAAAUCUCAGCGGUAGAGAGAGGAGUGGUUAGUCUAUACGGAGUGAAAAGCAAGCUGUUUGUCGCAAUGAGCAGCCGCGGAAGGUUAUACGGAACGAGGGCCUUCCGUGACGAGUGCAAGUUCAAGGAGACACUGCUGCCCAACAAUUACAACGCAUACGAGUCUUCCAUUUACAAGGGCUUUUAUAUCGCCCUCAGCAAACACGGCCGCUUGAAGCGAGGCUACAAGGCUUCCCCAGCAAUGACCGUCACACAUUUCCUCCCACGUUUAUGAGCAAACCUGGCAAUAACACAAUCAUUUGCACAUGUUUGAUGUUCUCGUAGGUAACCCAAACAUGCUAAGAGGUAAAACUGCAAAGAACUAAAAGAACGCAUUGUAUUUAUUUUCAUUGAAAUAAUAGUAAUAAUAAUAUAUGUAUAUUUCGGUAGCUUACUUUGUGUCUGAACUUUGUGUACAUGCCAUUCUUUGCUGCUUAUGAUUUCUAUUAUGAAUAUUAUCGAGGAGCUUUUUUGCCUUCUCACUUUUUAUGGGUGCUUGCCAUAACUGGUGUAAACCUUA